AGAUACUGGGGAACAUCAUACCGAGCUACAAAGUUUCAUUGCCUUUAAGGCCUAUCAAUGAUGGGAGUGGAUGUCAUGCUCAGCUUCUCGGUUUGGCUUGCCUGCGCGCCUAGAUUUGUAUGUCAGGCGGGAGAUCUCAUGAUCUUGUGACAAACUCGUUUUGACGGAUCCAAUGUUUCAAUCCGUGCCGAGCCUCAUAUGCAACGAAUUCACGUCCUUUCCGUGGCAUUCUGGGGCGAAAACAGCAUAUCUAUCUUGAGACUUCGUUGAAUCUCGACCUGAAGGUGUAGCCUUUUUCCUGCUUAUACGACUCCUUUCUUCUGGCGAGCGCUAUGCUGAACGAACAGCACUCGGAGUCUGGACCAUGCGAGCAACCUGCGGAUCUGCGAAGCAUUGCCAAUGUCGAGGAACAGUUACUGCAAGCAGUCCGCAACUCUCCAGCCAUCUCAGCUUUUCUUCAUGAUGGCCAAGCAGGUGGGAGAUCAGUGCAGCAAAGUCGAUGCCUUCUGAGGGUCUCUUCGGAGGCUCUACCAAAUCAUCUCACGGCCAGCACACUCGCGGGCGUCUCAAGGAUAUCAGUGCCGCCACAAAUAUUCUUCGACGAUGCGAACGGCUCUCUCAUCGCAGCCUACCAUCUCGGCUUGGAGCUCUCCGGCCAUGUUGGUCUCAUUCAUGGAGGAUUCUUGGCAGUUGUCUUGGACGAGUGCAUGGGUAGAGCAUGUUUUGCCCGUCUGCCGGAGAAGAUUGGAGUGACUGUACACAUGGAAAUCGACUAUCGAAAGCCGGUGAAAGCAGACAGCAUGAUCCUUGUGCGGGCGGUGACAGAGCGUGUCGAGGGCAGGAAGGCGUGGGUCAAAGGAACCGUCAUGUCGCUCGGAGAUGUUGCAGAGGAAGUAUUGGUCGAAGCUCAUGCAUUGUUCAUUCAGCCCAAAUGGGCGUCGAGCAUGGAACAGAUCAUGUGAGGGAUAAUGGAGGUUGCCACAGGUUUCAAUCAGUGGCCAGUGCCAUUAAACCAGGAGAACGUCCACCUGAAGAUCUCGCAUAACUUGUCUCCAAUCCACAGAGACCGAUCCCUUGUCUACGC